GGAAACUUCAUCUUGUUUCUGGUCUACUCGUUUCUCUUUUUUCUAAAGAAAAAACCUGGAAAAUCACAGGCAGAAACAGAGUACUACGCCACUAUAAAUAAGCACAAAGGGAAGUUGUGUUUAUCUAACCCUUCACAAACUUUCUGAGUCAAGCAAAUAAGCACGACUGCUCUCUCUCCUUUCUCCCCCAUAGAAGUGUUAAUUUCCAUCUUGAUAGAUUAAUUUCUUGCUGCAUUUCUCAAAGAUUAAUGGGGUUCAUGAACAGUAAUGAACAGGAACUGCUGUCUAAGAUGGCAACAGGCAAUGGGCAUGGCGAAAAUUCUUCAUACUUUGAAGGUUGGAAGGCGUUUGAUAAUGAUCCAUUUCACCCCACCAAGAACCCUCAAGGGGUUAUCCAAAUGGGUCUUGCAGAAAAUCAGCUUUGUUUUAAUUUGAUUGAAGAGUGGAUUCUGAAUAACCCACAAGCUUCCAUCUGCACCCCAGAAGGAGUAAAUGAAUUCAGAGAUAUAGCAAUCUUUCAGGAUUAUCAUGGCUUGCCAGAGUUCAGAAAUGCUGUUGCCAACUUUAUGGAAAAAACAAGAGGAAACAGAGUCAGAUUCGACCCUGAUCGCAUCGUUAUGAGUGGAGGAGCAACCGGAGCUCAGGAGAUGAUUGCCUUUAGCUUGGCUGACCCGGGGGAGGCAUUCCUUGUACCAACACCUUAUUAUCCAGGUUUUGAUCGGGAUUUGAGAUGGAGAACAGGAGUACAACUCCUUCCAGUAGUCUGUGAAAGCUCUAACAAUUUCAAGGUGACAAGAGAAGCUUUGGAAGCUGCCUAUGAGAGAGCUGAAAUGGAAAACAUCAGAGUAAAGGGCUUGCUGAUUACCAACCCAUCAAACCCUCUUGGCACUAUAUUAGACAGACAGACUCUAAUAGAACUUGUAAGCUUCAUCAAUGAGAAGAGCAUCCACUUGAUCUGUGAUGAAAUAUAUGCUGCAACUGUCUUCAGCCAGCCUGGUUUCGUAAGCAUAUCUGAGAUUCUAGAGGAAGAAAAGGAAAUGGCGUGCAACCUUGAUCUCAUCCACAUUGUUUAUAGUCUUUCAAAGGACAUGGGGUUCCCUGGAUUUAGAGUUGGGAUUGUCUAUUCAUACAACGAUGCUGUAGUACAAUGUUGUCGUAAAAUGUCAAGUUUCGGGCUGGUUUCCUCACAAACACAACAUCUGAUUGCAUCUAUGCUGUCGGAUGAUGCUUUUGUCGACAGAUUUAUCUCAGAGAGUGCUGAAAGGUUGGAAAGUAGGUAUAAGUUCCUCACUUGCCCUCUUGCUCAAGUAGGCAUUGAUUGUUUGAAGAGCAAUGCAGGCCUGUUUGUGUGGAUGGAUUUGCGUCACCUGCUAAAAAACAAGACAUUUGAAGCAGAGAUGGAGCUGUGGCAGGUGAUAAUAAAUGAAGUUAAGCUCAAUGUUUCUCCUGGUGCUUCUUUUCACUGCUCAGAGCCAGGGUGGUUCAGGGUUUGCUUUGCUAACAUGGAUGACAGCACCAUGGGAGUUGCUUUGAAUAGAAUCCAAACCUUUGUGCAUAAAAAUAAGGAUGUCAGAAAUCCCAUUAAGAGAAAGCAUUGGAACAGCAAUCUUAGACUCAGCCUUAAAAGUAAAAGAGUGGAUGAUAUCAUGAUGGGACAGAGCAUGCGGUCUCCUCACUCUCCUAUACCUCAAUCACCUCUUGUUCGAGCCAGGACUUAGCCGUAAAAGACAGUGACUUUGCACCAUUAAUAGGCAACUUCCUAGAUAAAGGCUGACACAUUCUUUAAUUUAUUUUAAGUCAGGCAAAAUAGUUGGGCAGAAAAAUUGUUAGCUCCUGUUAACAUAAGGUGUGUUUAGUGGUGCUUUCGUUCUAAUGGGGAUAUGAUGGUUUCAGCAUCCCCCAGCUUCUGUUUCUUUCCUCAGUGCAUUUUUUCUUUUUUCACAUUCCAAGUGGGGGUGUAAAAAGUUGUUUGUAUUUUCUAAGAAAUUUUUUUGUAAGCAUUCAUUUAAUUUGUAAUGUUUGU